AUGGCCGGUUCCCGGUUUUUCCGGUUGAACCGGCUAGGCCGAUCCGGGUCUGACAACCUUGGGAAAAGGAAGACAGUGUCUGAAAAUAUUUCCCAGAAGAAGAAGGCUACAAAGAAGUCCAAGAGAAAGUCUUUCUCUGAUCCGAAAGUUGAAGUUUCCCUAAGGCCAAAAAUAAAAAAGACUAAAGCUGUAAAACAGGGGGAGAGAAAGUCAUCAACCUCUGGAAAGGGCAAAAAUAAGAUAGAAAGUCAAGCUUCUAAACUCAGAGAUGAAGAUAAAUUUCCUAAUAAGGCUUCCAAGAAAAUGUUCAAGACAAUUGAUGGUAGAGGAGUUAUUGCUGAAAGAGUGAUUGAUGAAGUAGCUUUUAAGAAGUAUGGGUUGUCUGAAUUGCUCAAAGGAAGAAGCCUAUACAAGUCAGCAACUUUUGCUCAAAGCUAUAGUUUGUCUCUAGUUCAUGAGUUCUACAGUAAAGGGAUCUCCAAAGUAUACAUUCUAGGAAAGUGGAUUCCUUUCACUCCAACCAGUCUGAACAGAUUUCUGGAUUUUAAAUCUGAAGUGAAAGGAAACUAUGAAGAAGGGCUUGAGCUGAAUGAGGAUGUUUUAAAAGAAAUCGUAGGAAGAAGAACUGAGUCAUGGGAAGUAGAAUUAAGACUGUCAGCCUCCUUACUCACAGCUAAGUAUAAUGUGUUGUUUAGAUUUGGUAUUCUCAACUGGCUACCCACUCCACAUAAUUCAAGCAUAUUGAAGGAGUUGGCACUUUUACGGUUUGCUGUUGUGAUUGGGAAGAAGUUUAAUCUGGGAAGACUAAUCUUCCAGAACAUUGUGAAAGAGCUGAUUGUAUAA